AUGCCGCCGCGACGAAGGCGGUCCGCGACCGCGGUCGCCGCCGCGGCGGCCGCGACGAAGGCGGCGGCCGCGAUGGAGGACUACGACGACCUCGGCACGGUCGCCGAGCCGCUCGACGCGAUCGCCGCGGAUCUGACCUGCGCGCUGUGCUCGCAGCUGUUCACGCGUCCGUGCACGCUCCCGUGCGCGCACACUUUCUGCCGCGCGUGCGUGGAGGACACGCUGCGCGGGAAGGGCGUGUACAAGAACGAGUGCCCGGACGAGGCGUGCACGCACCCGGUGUACGUGAAAGACCUGCGCGUGAACCGCGCGCUCGAGUGUCUGGUGCACAACUUUCCCGCGAUGCGCGCGACGGCGGAGGCGGACGAGCGCGAGCGCGGGAACCCGACGACGCCGCGCGCGGCGUCGCGACCCGCGAAGGAGGAAGAGCGCGCGGUGAAGAAGGACGAAGUAGACGACCUCGAACCCGCGGCGGGAGAUGGAGACGACGCGCGCGCGAUUGAGGAGGAGGAGGACGCCGCGGCGGGCGCGAGUCCAGCUGUCGAGGAGCCGUCGCCGAAACGCGCGAAAUCAGCCGCCGCGCCGCCCGCGGUGAACACCCCCGCCGCGUCGAAUCCAAAGCAGGCGCGAUGCCGCGUCCUCGAGGAGGAGAUCGCGACGAUCGACGCGCACGCGGCGUGGCUCGACGCGAAGAUCGCGGCGCUGGAGCUCGAGGAGACGCGGGAGACGGAGGCGGCGAGGUCGGCGGCGGCGGCGAGGUCGGCGGCGGCGGCGAUCGAAGCCGCCGCCGAGGAGACGCAGACGCGACGGACGUCCUCCCUCGCCGCGGCGACCGCGCCGCCGACGCAGCCCACGCAGUCGGUGACGCAGCCGGAUACGAUGACGCUGACGCAGGCGCGGUCGAUGUACGCCGCCGCGCACGGUCGAUCCGCGCCGAAGAAGAUGACGCUGAAGAAGCUUCGACGCGCGUUGGAGAAACUGGACAAGGACGUCCUCGCGUCCGUCGCCGCGUUCGCGCUCGCGGAGGAAGAUGGAACGUCAACCGACGCGGACGCGGCGGGCGAGGCGGGUCCACUGGACCCGGCCGCCGCGGCGAGAGAGGACGAAGCGCGCGAGGCGCGCAGGCGCGAGCGGAGGAAGACGAACGCGGCGGCGGCGAGGGAAGAAGCCGCGGCGCUCGUGCUCCCCCCGGGGGAGUCGCGACGGAAGCCGCUCGCGGCGAAGGACGACAACGUCGACGCCGACGCCGACGCCGCGGUCGUCGUGAAAGCCGCGGCGACGACGCGAUCGUCGUCGCCGAAGGUGUUCGAGCACACGCAGGUCAGCACGGGGUCGAAACGGAAAGCCGCCGGCGGCGGCGGCGGCGGCGGAUCGCACGCGGCGGCGACGAGACGACUCGCCGCGGCGGCGACGAGACGACUCGCCGCGGCGGUCGAGAAAGUCCGCGACGGCUCCUCGUUCGAGCUUCGAAACGAAGACCGCCUGUCGAGGAACACGACGCACCUGCUCAUGGACCUCGGCGGCGGCGCGAACGAUCGCGUCGUGUCCGAGUACCGCACCGUGCGAUACCUCGAGGCGAUACUCAGAGGGAUAUGGAUCUUGCGCGCCGACUACGCGCUCGACUCCGCCGCCGCGGGGCGGUGGUUGAACGAAGCCGACUACGAGAUCGCGGACUCCGGGCGCGGGGACGCGUACGACCCGGUCCCGUCCUCCGUCGCGAUCGGCCCCGCGGGCGGGCGCGAGCGACGAGAGAAGUGCGCCCCCGGCGUCUUCGCCGGCGAAGUCGCGAAGGCGCGUCUCUCGCCCGAGACGCCUCUGCUGGUGAAAGAGAUCGAGGGAUUGCUGAUCGCGGGGGGCGCGACGCUCGCGAGCGCGCCGUCCACGUCCACGCGCGGCGCCGACGACGGGAGUUCAACGCCGCCGCCGGCCUCGGAGACGGAGCAGGGCGUGCCGGACAGCGAGGACGAGGGCGAGGACGUCGACGACGUCGCGCCGCGCGGCGUCGGCGUCGGCGUCGGCGGCGUCGGCGGCGGGAGAGCGACGACGAUCAUCGUCGACGACGCCGUCGCCGACGCCGACGUGCGGGCGCUCGAGGAGCAGUACGGCGGCGUCGUCGUGACUUUGCGCUGGUUGUUUCACUCGAUCGUGCACCACGUCGCGUUGCCGAAAGAGGCGUACAGUACCCGUACCCGGCGUGAGGAGAGCGGCGGAUUUUAG